AGAGCCAAAGAUGUCUGCUCGGUCAUGUGAUCAGCUGUGUCCAAUCACAGCUGAUCACAUGGAACAUGUACACUGAUCAUCAGGGCACGGAUGAUCAGUGUGCCCUGAUGAUCAGUGUAGCCCCAGCAGUGCCACCUGUCAGUGUCCAUCAGUGCCUUGUGUCAUUGCUUACCAGUGCCAUGUGCCAGUGCCCAUCAAUGCCACAUAUCAGUGCCUACCAGUGCACCUCAAUGCCACAUAUCAGUGCCCAUCUGAGCUGCCUUUCAGUGUCACCCAUCAGUGCCAGUCAGUGACACCUAUCAAUGCCAAUCAGUGCCACCUAACAGUGCCAUAUAACAGUGCUGCCUUUGUGCCCAUCAGUGAUGCCUGUCAAUGCCCAUCAGUGCCAUCUACCAGUGCCUCCUCAUCAGUG